AUGCGCCGCGACGGGGGCCGCGCAGCCCGGGGUCCCGGCUCCACGAGGAUGUGGCUCCUCUUCGGCGCGGCAACUUUCUGGGGAUUGGUCCUAGCUCCAGGAUUUGGUCUGCAAAUACAGUGUUACCAGUGUGAAGAAUUCCAGCUAAAUAAUGACUGCUCUGCUCCAGAGUUCAUUGUGAACUGCACAGUGAAUGUUCAAGACAUGUGCCAGAAAGAAGUAAUGGAAAAAAGUUCUGGAAUCCUCUAUCGCAAGUCCUGCGCGUCCUCUGCAGCCUGUCUAAUAGCCUCUGCCGGAUACCAGUCUUUCUGUUCCCCAGGAAAAAUGAAUUCUGUUUGUAUCAGCUGCUGUAAUACUCCACUCUGCAAUGGACCCCGGCCCAAGAAGAGGGGGAAUUCUGGCACAGUGCCCAAGGCAGGCAUAUUAACUACUAUUUUGCUCUUAAAAUUGGCUCUUUUAUCGUCAGUGCAUUGCUAA